CGGACCUUGUCCCCGACCACCAGGAUGUCCGCCCUCCUCGCUAGCUGCAGCCGCUCGCCAGCAUGUAGCAUGUCCCGCCACAUCCUCCGGCGAGGCAUCUCCAAGACCGCAGUUGCCGCCAGCGCCACGACCCCGGAGGGCAAGCAGGUCGCCUCGCACGCCUCCCUCCCCGACGCCCGUAUGCGCGCCCUCAUUUCCCUCUACCACCAGUCCUCUAGCUUCGUCACGGAGGAGAGCCUGGACCAGCGCAUAGACGAGGCGUUCGCGUACAAGAACAUGUCCUCGCAAAUAUACAACUACCACUACCAGAUCACCAUGAAGGACCUCGAGCACCUCGUCCGCCGCGAGAGGGCGGCACCGCGGUUGACUAGCGUCUCUGGCAUGAUGCGCGGCUCCUCGAACGGGGAUGCGCCGGACCUCGCGUUCAGCGACAACCUGGACAAGCGCGACAUCAAGAUGAUCGAGGCGUUGUACGGCGUGGACCGGAGUGACGGGAAGCGGUUCCUACCUGGGUUGGACGCGGUGCGGGACGAGAUGGAGAGGUUAGAGAGGGAAAUCUCGGAGGACGAGCAGCAUCACCAGCAGCCACAGCAGUGAUUGCGACGACUUCAGCUGCAUGCUUCUUCGUCCUUCGUAGGGCUUCCUCUCAGGGAACACGGUCGAGCGCCUGCUACCGUGCAGCAUCACCUACCUCCUACCAUUGUUCAUGGGGCACCCCUGAUAAUCUACCUCGACUUGACACACCAUUCAUGCCUUACGCUUCGCCAAAUCGAAACGCCGUGCCUUGCCUCCCCUCUCACCAUGAUAGGUGCGCCAGAGACAACUCAUAUUGAAGAUGCAUGUGCGUUGUAUGACUGCUAUACUGUGAGCAAGGGUCUCUAGGCAUACAGGCACGAACAUCAGCAGAAUGCCAGACUUAACCGUUUG